AUGCAGAAUCAUGCUCUUCGAGAAGCCAAUGGCAGUUGUUCCCUGGUGAAAUCCUGGUCAAGAUACGCCCAAGCAGCCCUUUGCUUUCAAGCCAGCCGGAUACCACACAACUCGAAGCAGUAUACAGUCCUGAUUUCUCUUCCCUUACUAUUACCAACUCUUACCAUGGAGGAUGGUGAUUCUUCCUCUGAUCAGCAGGGGUAUCCCCCACCCUCCUACAUGGACUAUUUCAUAGCUGGUUGUCGACGCAUUAGACCCGGCAACGAAAUCGACUGGGGAAAGGAUCCUGAGGUUGAAAGGGAUGAAGCCAAGUCCUUUGUCGAGAAGGCAUAUGAUGACGGGGUUCCUCUGUUUACUAAAAACGCUCUUCGAGAAAUCCAGAAGCAGUUGACAAGUGAUUUACAAGCCGGCCAAAAGGUGUCGAUAAAGGGUAUCGACGGGGUGACUGGAAUUUGA